AUGACGGAUGGAGAUGAGACUUUCAUCUUCAAGCAUCACCAGCGCCAGGAACAACAGCGCAAGAAGGGGAACGAGGGAAAGCGGGUGGAGAAGAAACGUGAGCAAGAGGAGGAGAGACGUAAGCAAGAGGACGAGAUACGUAUGCAAGAGGACGAGAUACGUACGCAAGAGGAGGAGAGACGUAAGCAAGAGGAGGAGAGACGUAAGCAAGAGGAGGAGAGACGUAAGCAAGAGGACGAGAUACGUACGCAAGAGGACGAGAUACGUACGCAAGAGGAGGAGAGACGUAAGCAAGAGGAGGAGAGACGUAAGCAAGAGGACGAGAUACGUAUGCAAGAGGACGAGAUACGUACGCAAGAGGACGAGAUACGUAUGCAAGAGGACGAGAUACGUACGCAAGAGGAGGAGAGACGUAAGCAAGAGGAGGAGAGACGUAAGCAAGAGGAGGAGAGACGUAAGCAAGAGGAGGAGAGACGUAAGCAAGAGGAGAACAAACGUAAGCAAGAUGAGUGGCGGAUAGCAGCAGAAUGUCGACAAAUGCUUGAGAGAGGGAGCACUGAGAGAGAGAAUCAGAUAAGAAGGGAAUUGGAGGAGCAAAAACGUAUGGUUAAGCGGGGAUAUGAACGGGCUGAGCAGCUGGAGAGAGACAGGCGGGAGCGAGAGAGGGAUCAGCGCUAUGAUGAAGCCAUUAAAAGGGCUGAGGUGGAAAAGCAUGCGGAGAUCCGCCGAAUCAUGGAAGCUAAUAAGAACAACGAAAGUGGUUGUGAAAUAAUGUAA